AUGUGGUUUUGUUUAUUACUUCUAUUUAUUUCAUUUUGUGAUGGUGAAUAUUGUCAAAAAGUGGAUGGGAAUGAUAUUGUAAUCUAUUCAAAUGCUAGUUGUACUGAUUCUACUUUAACUUCAACUAUAUUAGAAGGAGAUUAUACUAAAUAUUCAUCAGUUAUUUUUUUAGUUAGUAAUUAUAAUGGGCAAUUUCAUUUUGGUUCAAUAAGUAAUACAUUUAAAGCAAAUAAAGUUAUUGUACGAUUAGAAGAAGGAAAUAGUAAAAGUUAUUAUCUAUACUUUAGAAAUAUUGAAACAAAUUUUGAACUUGAAUUGGUCAAAAACUCUUAUUCAUUUGAAAAAGUUCAAUUUACUUUCUUUAAUGGAAAUAGUCCAACAAGAAUAACUGGAGAUGUUGAUGAGUUAUGGGUUGGUGGAAGUGAUUAUUCUAAUUCUAAUUAUCAUUUACCUAUUCAACGUAUUUACUUCAAUUCAAUUCCUAUUAAUUUAAAAUUUAGUUCUAAUUAUGGUAUAUGGUAUUUAAUAUCAUCAUAUGAAGGAAUAAUCAAUCAAUUAACACCAAAUUCAUUAAAUGGUAAUUAUUUUAAUCAAACAUGUGGUGGAAUGAUUCGUUAUUUUAGUUAUAAUAAUAUUGAAAUUCAUGAUAUAACAACAGAAUGUAAUCAUCAAUUUAAAAAAGAUGAAGAAGAUGACUUUAAUUUAUUUAUUGUUACUACCACUAGUAUAACAUAUCCUAAUCAAUGGUUAAAAUAUGAAUCAUCAAAUCAAAUAACAUUCAAUAUUUAUAGAAAGAAAGAACCAUAUCAAAGAAUUGAAUUUAGUUUAAGAAUUGAAUCAUCAAAUGAAGGAACAACAUUAAUUAAAGAAGUAGAAAAUAAUGAUAAAUCAAUUUCAACAGUAAUUAUAUCUUCUUCAAAACCAUUAACUAGUUUAACUAAUAUAAAAUUUUCAGAAACAACAUUAACAAAGAAAAGUCAAAUAAUGAUUAUUGGAAUGAAAGGUGUUACAUUAGAUAGUAUUGGAUAUAAGAAUUGUAAUAUGAUGAUUUAUAAAGAAGAAACAAGAGAAUGUAUUCAAUGUGAAAAAGGGUAUUAUUUAAAUUCAAAUAAAGAAUGUCAAAUUGGUUCACAUUGUAUUAAAACAAAUAAACAAAGUCAUUGUAUUGAAUGUGAAUAUGGAUAUUAUCUUAAUUUAAAUACAAAAACAUGCGAAGUACUCAAAAAUGGAUGUAAAAUUGGAAAUGAAACAUAUUGUUAUCAAUGUAAAGAAGAAUUUAUUAAAGAAAAUGGAGAAUGUAAAGAAAUUGAUAAUAAAUGUAAUAAAUCAGAAAGAAAUUAUUGUUUAAAAUGUUCAAAUGGAUAUAAAAUAGAAAAUAAUCAAUGUAAUGGAGAUAAAGAAGAUCAAUGUUAUUAUGAAGGAAAUAAAUGUGUAUCAUGUUCAAAUAGAUAUACAUUAAAUAAUGGAAAAUGUUCAAAUAAAGAAAAUCGAAAUGGAAAGAAUGAAGAAAUAUAUUGUGAAAAUGGAAAAUAUAUCAAUAAUAAUAAAUGUAUAGAAUGUUCAAAAUCAGAAAUAUGUCAAACAAAUGAUAUUGAAAUAAAAUGUAAAUAUGAAGAAUAUUUAGAUAAUAAUAAAUGUAUAAAUAAAACAUGUAAAGAAGAUAUGAUAAAAGAUCAAAAUGGAAAAUGUAAUAAUAAUAUUUCAUAUUGUUUAAAUAAAUCAUAUGUUAAUGGAAAAUGUGUUGAAUGUUUAAAUACAUAUUCACCUAAUUUGAAGGGAGAAUGUAUUAAUACAAAAAUAGAAUAUUGUGAAGAACAAAAUACAUAUGGAUGUAAAAGAUGUAAAGAAGGAUAUUAUUUAACAAAAGACAUGAAAUGUUUAAAAUGUGAUGAUAAAUGUGAAACAUGUUAUGGAACAUCUACAUAUUGUAUGAGUUGUUCUAAUGAUAAAUAUUUAAGAAAUGAUAAAACAUGUCAAUCAAAUAAAGAAUUAAAUGGAACAUGUUUACAAAUAUUAGCAGAUGGAAGUGGAUGUGGAAUAUGUAAGAAUGGAUAUUAUAGAAAUGGGAAAGGAUGUUCAAAAUGUGGAAAAGAAUGUUUAACAUGUAAUCAAAAAGAUAAAUGUAUAAUAUGUGGAGAAGGAUAUUUUAUGAGUUCAACAGGAAUAUGUAAAUCAACAACAACAAUUAAAGGAUGUAAAGGAGAAAUAGAUAAAGAAUAUGGAUGUAGAGAAUGUUUAACAGGAUAUUAUUUAAUAAAUAAAGAAUGUUCAAAAUGUGGAAAUAAAUGUAUAACAUGUUUAAAUGAGAAAGAAUGUAAUAAAUGUGAAGAAGAAUAUAUAAUAAUAAAUAAAGAAUGUAUUCAUUAUUCAAAUAUUAAUAAAUGUAAAGAAACAAAAAUAAUAAAUGUUCAAAAUGUUCAUUUUGGUAUGGAAUCAAUGAAGAAGAACAAAUGUAAUAAAGAAAUUGUAUGUAAAGAAGAAAAUGAAAAAUAUUCAAUUAGAACAAACCCAAAUAUUAUUACAAUUGAAGGAGGAUAUGCAUGUGAAUUUGAAAUAUUCAUUACAAUCAAAUGUACUACUAAAAUUAAAGAACAAAUAAUGAUAAUUAGUAAAACACUUAAUAAAACACAAGAAGAAAUAAUUAAAAGUAUUUCAAUUAAAGGAGAAACACAAAUAUCAACACGACUUGAUCCCGAUGAAAUUAAAGAAGAACAUAAAAUAGGAGAAGGAUCAUUUGGAAUAGUAUAUAUAGGAGAAUUUAGAGGGAAUCAAGUAGCAAUUAAAAAAAUGAAACAAAUUGAUAAAGAUGAAGAUAAAAUGAAAGAAUUUGAGAAAGAAGUAAUGAUGUUAGAUAAAUUUCGAAGUGAAUAUAUUAUUCAUUUUUAUGGAGCAGUAUUUAUUCCUAAUAAAAUAUGUAUGGUAACAGAAUAUGCAAAAUAUGGAUCAAUACAAGAUUUAAUUAAUAAAAGAACAAACACGGAAAUACCAAAUAAAAUAAGAAUUAAAUUCAUGCUAGAUGGAGCAAAAGGAAUUUCAUAUCUUCAUUCAAAUGGAAUACUACAUCGAGAUAUUAAACCAGAUAAUUUUCUUGUUAUAACACUUGAUGAUAAUAUUGGAGUUAAUUGUAAAUUAACAGAUUUUGGAAGUUCAAGAAACAUUAAUAUGAUGAUGACAAAUAUGACAUUCACAAAAGGGAUAGGAUCACCUAUUUACAUGGCACCAGAAGUACUUAAUCGAGAACAUUACAAAAUGCCAUCGGAUGUAUAUUCAUAUUCAAUAACAAUGUUACAAAUCAUUACAUGGAAAGAACCAUUUCCUAAAACAGAAUUUAAAUUUCCAUGGAAAAUAGCAGAAUUCAUAUCAACAGGUAAACGACCAACAAUAAUACAAGAAGUUGAAGAAGAUAUUAAAGAAAUUAUUGAAAAAACAUGGAAACAAGAACCGAAAGAAAGAAUAAGAAUAGAAGAAGUAGUAAGAAUGUUAGAAAGGAUUGAAGUUAAUAAUUGA